UGCGCAGACGCAGCAGAGUAAUUUGUUGAUAUCCUGCUUGGUAGUAUUCAUUUAGACUUUUGGUAUUUUUUAAAAGGCACAGUUAUCCCCCAGCGUUAGGGGUUUUUUUUAUUUGCAUUUGGCAGCGUCGUUAACGAGACAGUGAUCUAUAUGAAGGGCUAAUGGAAGACACAAGGGAUCUGGCUGAACGAACCCCACGUUCAGAGCGUAAGCGGAGAGACUCGUUCGGGAUGUUUGAUGGCUACGACAGCUGCAGCGAGGAGUCCACCAGCAGCUCCAGCUCAGAGGACAGUGAAGAUGAGGUGGUGCCCUCCAUCCCUGCCAGCCUGCCCAUCAUUAAGAACAAUGGUCAGGUCUACACCUACCCUGACGGCAAGGCUGGAAUGGCCACUUGUGAGAUGUGUGGGAUGGUCGGAGUACGAGAUGCUUUUUAUUCAAAAACCAAGCGCUUCUGCAGUGUGUCCUGCUCGAGGAGUUAUUCCUCAAAUUCCAAAAAAGCUAGCAUUCUGGCAAGACUCCAGGGCAAACCACCAACAAAAAAGGCAAAAGUCUUACAGAAACAGCCUCUUGUGGCGAAGUUGGCAGCUUACGCCCAGUACCAGGCGAGUCAACAGAACCAGGCCAAAUCGAAAGCUGUGGUCCCCGCUGAGAUCUUUGACUGGGGGCGGUACAUCUGUAGCAAUAACACCGUUGGAGCUCCAGUCAGCUGCUUCAAACACGCCCCGAUGGGGACGUGCUGGGGCGGCAUAGCGGAAGGAGUGAGGAUUGAAGUGCUCAACUCCGACACCAGCCUCUCCACUAAGGUGUACUGGAUAGCAGAAAUCAUUAAGCUAGCAGGGUUUAAGGCUCUCCUGCGGUAUGAGGGCUUUGAUAACGACACCAGUAAAGACUUCUGGUCUAACCUCUGCAUCCCCGAGGUGCACCCGGUGGGAUGGUGUGCGUCGAGUGGCAAACCCCUCGUACCUCCCAAAAGCAUACAGCAUAAGUACUCAAACUGGAAAGCUUUUCUCGUGAAGCGUCUCACUGGAGCUAAAACACUGCCGCCUGACUUUAAUUCCAAGGUACAUGAAAACAUGCAGUUUCCCUUUAAGAAGCUGAUGCGCGUGGAGGUGGUGGAUAAGAACUACCUGUGCCGGACACGGGUGGCGCUGGUGGAGCAGGUAAUCGGAGGUCGCCUCAGGCUUGUUUACGAGGAGAGCCAGGACCAAUCGGAUGACUUCUGGUGCCACAUGUUCAGCCCCCUCAUCCACAACAUUGGCUGGUCGAGAAGCAUCGGACAUCGCUUCAAACGAUCCGAUGUAACAAAGAAGAUUGAGGGUCAGGCUGAUGCUCCUGCACAGGUCUUCCAAAAGGUGAAAGAUGUGGACCAGAGCGGGGAUUGGUUCAAAGAUGGGAUGAAGCUAGAAGCCAUCGACCCCCUCAACCUCUCAGCUAUAUGUGUAGCCACUGUAAGAAAGGUGUUGGCAGACGGGUACCUCAUGAUCGGGAUCGACGGGUCGGAGGCGGUGGAUGGAUCAGACUGGUUCUGCUACCACAGCACCUCCCCCUCCAUCUUCCCUGUCGGCUUCUGUGAAAUCAACAACAUUGAACUCACGCCCCCUAGAGGGUACACUAAACUGCCAUUUAAAUGGUUCGACUACCUCAGAGAGAUGGGAUCAAUCGCUGCUCCUGUCAAGCUCUUCAACAAGGAGGUUCCCAAUCACGGUUUCCGGCAGGGUAUGAAGCUGGAGGCCGUGGAUCUGAUGGAACCGCGGCUGGUGUGUGUUGCCACGGUGACGAGGAUUGUGCACCGGUUACUGAGGAUCCAUUUUGACGGCUGGGAGGACGAGUACGACCAGUGGGUGGACUGCGAGUCACCUGACCUGUACCCAGUGGGCUGGUGUCAGCUGACGGGCUACCAGCUCCAACCGCCCGCCUCACAGAGUAACAGAGAAAUGCCUCAGUCUGUACCCAAGCAGAAGAAAAAGGCUCAGCAGUACAAAGGCCAAAAGAAAAAAAGGAAGAUUCCGGUUGGUCGACGUCCCUUCAGUCAGGCAGGCAGGAGGAGGAGCAGCUUCUCAGGGGACGAAGAGCAGAGUCCGCCCCCUUACCCUGCCCAGGGGCCCACUCGGCCCCGACCCCGAACCCACCUCCACCAAACCCACAAAUCAGAGUCUCUUCUGCGGAUGAAAGAGGAGGCGGCCGAGGUGGACGAGUUCACCUUCUCACAGGGCACCUCGGACCAGGAGAGCAACGGCUCAGGCAGCUACUACAUCAAACAGGAGCCCUGAGGACACACCAACCAGGACGGGGCAGGGCGACCUGGGACAGGACACACCCCCCCAGCCAGGAUCAGGAACGCGGAGAGUUAAACAAGCCUCGAAUCACACUCAGACCAACAACGCAGACGGGCCUUCUGUGGAGUCAAGAGAGCGCCACGCUGCAGAACAGGGGGGAGUUUUUAUGAUUCUGAAACAUCGUGAAGGCGUAUCCCCCAGUUUUCCAACCUUGUAGCUGUUUGUGCACAUGACCACUCACAACAUGUGUCUGAUGGAGGGGUUGGGAUGCACCCAGGGUCGGGCCUGGGUCUCACACCGUUUGGGCGAUUUCAUCCUCGGGUGAUGCAUCGUGAUUCUUCUCCUCUCCGGUCUGAAAUCCGAUAAUUUUUGAUUGGAUUAAAAAACACAACCUUUUUUCUACAAAAAUGGGGGUCCUGCUAUCUGGGCCGCACACAGAGACCUGUAGAAACUGUGAGAACCAUUUAUUGAGCCAGGUCUUUCCAUGUCUUUCUUUUUUCUUCUUCUCGUUUUUGUUUGUCUUCAGGUCAGAGAGUCAGCCACUGAACGGCCUGAGGAGCGCGGAGAGGCUGGCAGGAAGAGGAACAGCUCUGUACAUUUUGAUUAUUUUCUUCUGAACAUUUUUGCCAGCUGGACUUUUACUUUGUUUAUAGUACUUGAAAUAUCCCCCCCCCCCCCUUGAUUUCGUUUUUAUUUUUUAUUAAUGUACUUAUUUUGCAUUUACAUAUUUGGUGGCUGCGUGGGAAAGUUAAUGUGCGUUGUUUCAUAAAAGUGAUUAUAUUGAUAUAGUAUGUGAAGGCUUAUUCAUAAAGAGUGACAGAGUAUAGAUAUUAAUGAUUUGAAGAGACAGACGAGUUCAACGCUGCUCAGCAGGAACCGUCUUCAUGUUUCAUUCUGUUUGUUUGUUUCUCACACUUUGAAGACGUCCACAGCGGCGUUCAUUUCUGCUCCAAACAUUACACAACCAAAGUCUGAUUCAAGGCGAAUGUUCAGAACUUUUUAGAAAUGCUUUCAGGUGAUUUAGAGAGAGAGGGGGAGAGAGAGAGAGAGACAGAAAGGAAUUUCUGCAAGGUUCAAUUACAUGUAACAUAUUUUAAAGAAUGCAAAUAGAUGUAAAAGUCACAGAGGCCCUAAGAGGACAAAAAAACAAAAAAAAAAACAACGUCUAUCUGGCACUCACCAGAAACUAUCCUAUGAGCAGGAAAGAAGUUUCUUGUGCUCACAAAAGUUUCACGGGUGCAUGAGAACUUGCUCACGGCAUAUUUUCUCAUGCAUGCAAUACCUUCUCAUGCUCACGAGAUACUUUCUGGUGCACCUCUCUUACUUGUUUCUUUUGUUUUUUGUCCCCUCAGGGGCUCUGUAGGUAGUGUCCCUGUGCCAAAAGUGGAGCAGCUCACCAUUCCCAUAAAAAAUAGUUUUUCAUGACAUCUGGAUCGGAUCAGAUUUCCACAAAGGUCACGUCUACGUAAAUUAACGUUUGGGUCAAUAUUCUCUUCACCUUUGGUCUGAACAAAGCAUAGAGCCUAAAAGAUUCCACUUUAAAGCUGCUUCUGCUUCCUGUAGGAGCGUCAGUUGUUUUUGUUGAACGUAGCUGGUAGGUGACAUUUUUAGAAAUCUGUUUCCUCUCCAUGUGGAGCUAAAUUUCACUUCUCAGUAAUUAUUUUGAACAUUUUGUCGCAGCUUUAACCGUGACCACACCUCCUGAGGAUAUUUGGUGGAACUCGUCCUUAUUUAACGAUCUUAUUUAACAACAGAAACAUUUACUUAAACAUUCCUUCUUAUUAGCACUGUUUGUAUUGUAUUUACAGGAUUAUCUGUGUCGUUCAGUUUUUGUUUACGUCCACCUCCAAAACCGCCACACUUUAUAUUAUUUACUGGAGGAAAAGCUGGGUGGACUGCUGUGAUGACUCCGUGUGGACCUGUCACAGUAAUCCUAACUCCCACAGUAGCACUUAAAACUCAGAGAACAUCCAGAGGAAAGCUUUCUUCAUGUUUAAACUAAAAGUCUUGGAGGUUUAAGAUAAACUUUAGAAUAAAAACAUGGGGCUCUGUGUGUGCUGUAAUGUCGAGCAGAAAUGAUGUCACUGUGGAGAUAAAAUGAUUUUUCUCCAUUUCAAAGUUUGAAAGAUGAGAAACAAACUGAAAGUGUGACUGAAAACAAGCAGCAGGAUAUAAAAGAGAGACUGCAUCUUACUGACACACGUUUACUCCCACUGUCUCGCCGUUCAACACGGAGUAGAAGCGGAAACGUUUGGACGUAGGAAGGUAACGUGAGCAGCAGCGUUGACCUCGUGUGGUUCAGAUGUUGUGAGCGCUGCUGGAUGCUUGACUCACAUCAAGUGUCACUCCAGCAGCGGUUCACAUCCUGACGGAUCGGUUGGUGUUGUUCUCUGGACCAUUUGUCCGCUGGUUGAUGAAGACAGAAGUUCAAACAGUCGAGUUAUACGGAGUGUGGAGUGUGCCGCCACGAUAACCAGACUCAAUCUUUGUGCAACUGGAGUUAAUUAUUACAUUUCAGAAUGAUCUUAUAUAUAUUCGUUUUCAUGUUUUAUUUGGAUAAUGCAUCAAAAAAACUUAGAUUUAAUUGUUUUACAUUUUCAGAAAGUCAAGAAACUUUUGAAGUCGUAAAAAAAAGGGAACUCCAAAAUUCUUUCACAUUCAUAUUCUUUCCCAUCUUCAAUGUGCACACAAAAAAAUACAAUGAAGGCCCGCCUCGUACUGGCGCCUGUCCCAAAGUCAUUUUAUAGACUGAUGUAAAAUUGAAGUUUAACCGCAUCUUGAAAUAAAUUAAACCUUAUUCUUACAUUUUUUUCUUACAAAAAAAGUGUCCUCUUUUGAUUUAAACUUUAUUGUUCAUCUAUUCUUAACAUCUAAAAAAAAAAAAAGGAGACUUUUCUGGAAAUGUAGGACAAGUAAUUCUUUUUUCAGAUGCCUGAUCUUUAGCGUAAACAUAACGAUCAAAAUGUUGUAAAACUCUGAGAAAUACGAUACUCAAUUUGUAGAUUAAAUCAUUUUUAUAUUGUUUUCUUGAUGCAUUACUAAAAUGAACACAUUGAAUAAUUGCUUCUUAAAAAAUAACACAUUUUAAAGUUGAAUCCAGUUGCACAUAUUAAGUGUGGCCCUCUCGAGCUUCCGUACAAUCAGCACGUGUGGUCACCAACUUUGGUGUCGUUUAAGGUCAGACGUCUGACCUCGUGUUUUAUUGAAAGAAAAAGAAAAAAAAAGCUUUGGUGAAACGGUCUCCUCAUCAAACAACUUCGUUGUCAAGAAGAAAAAAAAAGAAUUUAUUGAAUAUUGUAUUCGGGUCAUAUGCAAAGUGUUUUUUUUUUUCCUCUAUCGUUCUCAUGUUGGAGCCAUAUGUAUGCAAGCUAGUCGACGAUUCACCUGAGCCACAGAAUAACACGGGAACAAUGCACUGCUUUUCACAGAGUCUCUCCGAGGACGGCAUUUUAAACCAGACCACAGGAUCUAAAGAAAGUGGCAUAAAUACACAGAUUCUAUACUUCUAUAAAUAUAUAUAUUCCUCAUGACUCUGAUGGACGAACACAUGGUGAGUCGUCAGUAAGUCAGACGAGACUCCUCUCAUUCUCUUUACAGAUAGAUUGGUUGCAGCUGUUUAUCUACUACCUCCUGAUGCUAGCCACGCUCAGCUAAAACAGAGUGUGACGUAAUAGACUAUGGCAGUGUGUUAGCAUAUGCAAAUGAAAAUGAUUUAAAAAAAAAGACUAGACACCAAACACCCAACAGCACACGAGGUAGUCUUCUAAUUUGAGUGAUGCAAUAAUAAUAUAGAGCCCAUAUUAUUUUGCUAUGUUAAAUACGAAACUUAUAGCACCCUCAAAUGUCAUGAUCACUACAUACAUACACAUAAUAUAAUUAACAUAUGAGAUAAUUUAACAAAAUGCUAUUGUAUAACUGUGAUUGUGUUUGUGAGUAAGGGUUCAUAUACAGAAGUGCAGAGCGCAUUCAAAACUUCUCAGUGCCGGUAUAAAAAAAAUAAAAAGAUCCAUCAUUUCUCUUUCUGCCAGUAAGGUUCAUAAUUCAAUUCUCAGGAAGUUUGUGUUUUCUUUUCUUCUUCUUUAUUUUUGGAUGUAAAAGUUUGUGACUACAAAUCUGAAUCAGCUGGGUUUGAAAUGCUCGAAGGUGAAGUCUUCAUUUGUGUGCAUCGUCCGUAUGGAAGCAAACAAGGGCCUCGGUUACGAGAGUCAGUAACUGAAACCUAUUAUUUCAUAUCAUAAAUAAAUUUGACGCUAAAAUACUGACUUAUAAGUAUGAUCACAUUUUCAGGGAGGAAGAGUGUAGAACAUUUUAUACAUAAAUAUAUCAUAAAUCAAGUCUAUCCUGUGUAAAUGUGUCUCUGAGUCAUGACUGUCUACAAUGAGUGAGAAGCUCGAGUCCCGCUGGCUGUGUUGUUGUCAGAGCCGUGUUUACAUGGAAAUGAAGUGGACGUAAUCCUCGUCCUUAAAAGCCUAUCUGGUUAGUUCAGUUUAAAUCUUGCACACUCAUUGUCAUCUCUAACAACACAUACACAAUUAAACUUAAAUUUUCCCACACUCAAACACCUAUAUGACCUUAAGUCAUUUAUUUCCAGGAUUAUUUCAUUAUUUUAAGGAUUAGAGCCCAAUCAAGUUUUCCUGUAGAAAAAAAUCUCACUAUCAAAUCUUCUUUUUUUUAAAAAAAAAACCUACAUAAGGACAUCAGGGUAACCUCGUUAAUUCAAUUUGAAACGUUAUUUUCUAGUUUUCUUAAAGAAAAAAGUUCAAGAUGAGGUUUUUGUUGUGAUGACAUUUUUUUAAAAGUCUUCGAGUGCGUUUCAGACUCUCACCACGAGGGCACUUCUUUGCUUCCAUAUUAUCCAGUUCUUAUCUGACUUUCCUUUUCAUGAUUUGUUGUCACUUUUUCAAAUCUGUCUUAAUGUUAAAUUCUAUAUUUGAAUGAUGUCUAAAAAAACAUGUUUGUUUUUUUGGGGUGUUUGAAUUUAGCUUUUGCCGACUUUCUGUAUUCCUCUUGUUUCCUAACGGGGUGUUGAGAUAGUUUCCGACCUGUUUUUGUCAUUUUAUUCGUCUCCUGAUCAGAUUUGAUAAAAGCUCCGCAGAAAGCUUCAAAGACCAAACGAGCAAUAAAAGUGUCACAAUCAUUAGAAACAGAUCGGGUGUCAGGUUAGGGAUCUGUCGUGGGACUUUUGGUUCCUCUGAUGUUGAAAGAAGCAUUAAAAGAUUUUCAUGACCAAACUGCAUUAAUAACUUAGUACAAACAAAAAGACUGUUUUAUGGACUAACUGCUGCUAACCCUCCUCGAGAUAAACCAUAAAAAAAGAAAAAAAGAAUCAAAUGCACAAUCAACACUGUUUUGGAUCUUGUGUUUCUCACUUUUCCUUGUAGAUAUUUAACUUUCUUGUUUCACCUUGAUCCCCAAAUCAUCAAAAAGUGGAACAAGUUUCACUCCAUCCACGGGUAGCUGAGUAUUUAAAGAGUUUGGGCGUCAGUCUCUGCAGAUUGAUCGAUUUGGGAUCGGGUGCACUGAUCAACAGAUUGCAUGUAGAACAGAACGCGUUGUGCUGAUGUCGUGCCGAGCUUGUGGUUUGUUAUUUUUGUUGUAACCGUCAUUGUUCUCCAGCCUGUCUUUUGUUUUUCCUCCUCCACUGUGAUCGGGGAAUGUAUGGAAGCCCACGUCCGCCAUGAAGUGUUGAAGUAUUUGUAAUCAGUCUUGGUCUAAAGACCUGUUUCAAGACCACUUUUUUAAAGGUCUCGGAAUCGAAAGCAUUUGAUUGGUCUUGUGUCGGUCUCAGACUUGGCGGACUCCAGAUUCUAAAUCUGACAGGUCAAAACCACCAGUCAUUAGAAUGUCAACGACCCUUUUCUAAAAGAGCGAUUAACUUUGGUUCAUUGAUAAUUCCAUUUUUUCCCCCCGUUUACAGCCGCAACCUUCCCGGUGUUACGUUCUAAGUGAGUGACACGCCCGCUUUACACAUGGUCUUGGACUUGUCUCGGUCUGGCCCUGCCUUGGUCUUGACUCGGUCUCGAUCCCUAAAUGACUUGUCCCGAUCUCGGAGCAUUCUGGUCUUGGGUCUGUCUUGGUCUCAGUUAGUUUGGUCUUGACUACAACACUACCGCCAUGACAGAAAAAAAAAACAUUAAAAUGCAUGAUAAAUCAUAAUACUCGCGCUUAAUCCAGACCAUAAAGUGCUUUAUCAAAAUAUGUGGCUCAAGUCAGAAUUCUGACGCGAUGUGUCCUCAUACUGACUUCUGUCUCAUAAACUCGCUGUUCUUUUUUUAUCAUGUUUUUAAAACAUUUGGCGGUAAGGAUUGUAUUCACAUAGUGGCCAUUUUUCUCCAAACUUCACUCUCAGCGCUACGACAUUAAAACAUAAUUGGAGCUCCUCGUUCUGUGUUGAAGGUUGUGAGUCUUAUAAAUGUAGAGAAUCUGACCAUUUUCUAUCAUUUAACCUCUUUCAGCAACUGAUUAGCAACAGAAAAAUAGGAAUAGUGAACAUUUGAAGGAGCGUACAGCGAUAUUUCGAGCAAAAAUAACAACAUAGUUUUAAUGCAUCAGAUUAGCAUAAACAUACUUCCUAGCUAACACUACCAUUUUCUAGAAAGUUGCUAAAUGCGAGCAUAAGCGUAUAAAAAUGUGAUGUCAAACCCUUUAGCCAAAGGCGAUUAGGGAGAUUUGACCAGUUGUUAGAUGACCUACGCUAACACACUUAGCAUCCUGGAGCAGUACGGCAUUGUAACACCGCUUGAGCGUCUCACCCUGAGCGCGUACUUAAAGUUAAAAUGUCCGCCGUGUGAGCAUGUUGGUGAGCGGGCUUCCAUAGAGGGUACCUGUUUGAGGUUACACCUGAUCAGGUUUUUUCUCCUGCUCGCGGUGACGAGGAGCAGGCUGGAGUCUUGUUUCUUUUCUUUUUUUGUGUUCUUGGAUACUAACACGGGUCUUUUGUAUGUGAUAUCCCCCUCAUUAUAUUAAACCAUUAUAUCGUGGUGCUAUAUAUAUUUGAUAAAAAUGAUGACUAAAUGUAUCGGGUUUGCUAUCGUCUGAAAAUAAUUGUGAGUGGAGAGGGUUGUUGUGAAAAUUUUUAUUUUGGAUACAAAUGAAAAAAAAAAUCUAUGUUAAUAGUUAUAAAUCUAUUGAUAUUAACACUGACCCCCUGAGGUACAUUAUUAGAUUGCAGUUUAAAGUUUGUACAUCUUUUUGAUAGUGUAUACCAGUUUCCUUUCAUAUGGUAAAUUUGUGCUGUGAUCAAGCUUUGAUAGACUUUGUAAAUAAAGCCAAAUGUUUGGAUUAUUAUAUCGGUUGUAAUGAACGGCUUCUUUGUUUACAAGCAUUGCAAACUGUUUCCGCAUGGCUGUGAAAGUUUAUCUGGUGAUUUUUUGUAAGAUCUGACUUUUACACUGAAUAAAAAGGCUUAUGACUUCAAACAA